UGUACAUCAAUAGCGCAAUGGUGAUAGAAGCAUUUUAACCAAAAACACAAGUUUUUCGUCAUUGGAUCCGCUGCUUUAUGGUGGACAUGACGGAAGACCAUAUCUUGGAGAUACAUGCUGAUCAACCCUGGAUUUCCAAAACAUUCAUAUUAAUAGUUAUGAAAUAAACUUCGUGUCAACCGAAUGAUCUCACAAUAAACUCUGAGGACCAUCAUUUCCUGAAACCUGGAAACUGUGACUUCUUAAACAGAGUUUUUUUUUCUUCAUUUUUUUGGAGCUGUACAAACAAAAUGGGAAAACACGAGUAUAGAGGAGUACGAGCCCAGCGGGCCAUGAAUCUCGCCGCAGCUAGACGUGAGGAAAAAGAGAAAAUGAAGCGUAUUAAAUAUGGAUACUACGACCCGAGUCGACCGGAGUUCUACCCCAGAUCCUUGGCUCGACCAACGACACCCCGCCCUCAGAGUGCAGGUCUGGCAAUGAGGGGUGCAGAGGCACGUGAUAUUGGCAUAGACUUGGGACCUGCCCCUGAGAAGCCGAAGGAAACGGUACGAUCAACAUCCUGGAAGUAUCUUCACACGUGUGUCGGCAUCAUGGCUUUAGCGAUGGUCGGAAUUGGACUUCUUGUGGGAAUCACGUCCCACUGGGUGAACAGUAGAGCUGGACAGGCUGGUAUCGGUCUCAUCUGCGGUGGGGUCGGACUCGUCGUAGGAGUCAUCAUCUUCGCAUACAUACGGCUCAAGCACGCCAAGAUGAAAGAAAAGAGGAGAGAAAAGAAGAAGGCAAAGACUGAUCUUGAAGCCGAUAAAAGUGGUGGGAAAGGGAUUCAGACGAAAGGUACAGCUCAGGAUCUUCCGAUGAGACCAAUGUCAAGCAAACCGAACAGGCCAAAGAAGAGCAGGAACGAGAAGGAGGAGAGGGAGGAGACAAGUUCAUAUGAAGAAAGUGGCAGUGAAGUGAACGAGGAUACGACAUCAGAUACGGCCAACAUCGUCCCUAGAUCAGUAAGCCGAACUAGUAUGAGCCUCCAAGGUUCUAUCAAUAUGAGUGCCAUUCCGGAAGACGAGGAAGAAGAGGAGCAGGAGAAUGACAACAAGGCAUCGUCAUCGAAAAAGACCUCGGAGAGUGAAGACUUGGAUAGUAAUAGUUUACCAGGUGUAAUUGUGACGUCAGAGAAAGAUACGUAGAUAGUGAUUAUCAAUUUCCCCUUGCCGCUCAUAGUUUGAACAAUAUCAAUCCCCAAAUCAAAUUAAUUGAUUUUUGACCAUUUAGUUACACUUCUUUGGGACUUCGUUUUAUUUUCCGAAUUGUCGAUCAUUUUAAAACAUAUUCUUUGUGCAAACGGCGUUUACAGAUUCAAACCUCGAGGAUAGCGCAUAAAUAGUUCUUGAUUAAGAAAUAUAUAUAUAUAUAUAUAUACAUACAUAUAUCUAUACGAUGAUUAUGCACCCUGAGAGUAUUGAGAACGUUUUCUAAUGGGAUGUUAACAAAAAAAUCACUAGGUGGCCUAUGCCUUGCUUAGUUUGCUCGUUCUCAGAAAUUGCGCAGUUUCUUCGAAAAUAAUUUUUUUUUCAUGAAUUGAUUCACUCGAACAUGUGAUCAUUUGAUCUUUUUUCAAACUCAUUUUUAGAUAGUUACCAAUUUAGAAUUACCAUUAAAAGUUCACCUCCCUUCUAAGUACCCGGAUAAAAAAAAAUCGGUGGUUAAAAAAGGAAUGGCAUUUUUAGGCUUUGAUUGAUUUUACAAAGAGCUUACACGUACAGCGCGGUAAGCAUGGUAAGUAUUCAACUUAUGGAGUCGAUUGAUUACAACAUAACUAGGAUCAUGACGAUAACUUAAUGUUUCUCACAUUCAUACAGAAUGUCAAACAGAAUAUAAAAAUAUACAUAAAAAAGCAAGUCAAUACAAGGUAAAAGGUGAACUCCAUUCAACCUCGCAAAGGUAACCAGAAAAAAAUCCUUUGCAUGUUUUUUUUUUAUCACGAGUUGAUUAUCAUGAUUAUGAAUGUGUUCUCGUAUUCAGUGGUUGAAUUAAAACGACAUUAAAUUUUGUUGGCUUAAUUUUUUUUAGUACGAAUUGUUUUGACUGAUCAUAAUCUGAUAUGAUGACUAUAGAUAUUAAAUACUUAUUUUGUUUUAUUUUGCUCUAACGACCAAUAUUCACUUUAAAAAAAUAUUUAAAAAGCACGAUAAAUGCAUUUUAACUAAUGUAUUUUCGUUAUAUUUUGACAUUGGAAAUAAAACUAAAACCGACAAUGAAUAAAACUUCCAUAAUCAUCAUUCCUUUUGUUUUGUGCAGAUCAUUUCUUUUAUUACUGUUGUUUUGUUGCUGUUGUUUCUUCCGAUGUUUCCA